CGAGGGAGGGAGCGAAGGCCUCUGAUUGGGUCCGCCGGGUCCCCAAACCUCUCCCCUCCUCUCUUCACCCCCCACUCGCACGUCCCUCGGGGUGAAUUUAAGAGGCGGCGCUGCAUCGGCGACUCCGGCAGAGACCAGAGGACCAACUCUCCUCCAUCUCUCCCCAUCUCUCAUCCCACUGCGCGCAGUGCUCCCCCAGAUCUUCCAAGCGUCCACAGGAAGCAACUUGCGGAGACAUGGGGAAGAUUCCGCAUCUGUUCCUCCUGUGCCUGGUGGCUGGAAGCUUCAUCGUGUUCACCGAAGGCACCACGACCCAGUACAAACGCGUCUGCUAUUUCACCAACUGGUCCCAGUACCGCACGCAGGCCGGUCGCUUCACCAUGGACAUGGUCGACCCCUUCCUGUGCACGCACAUCAUCUACGCCUUCGCCGGAUUCAGCAACGACUUCAAUGUGGUCACCACCGAGGACAACGACGUUCAGACGUUCGACACCAUGCAAAGGCUCAAGCUGAGGAACCCUCAGCUGAAGUUCCUCCUCGCCAUCGGAGGGUGGAGAUUCGGCGUGGAGAAGUUCUCCCGCAUGGUGUCCUGCGCCGAGAACCGGAGAAGCUUCAUCGCGUCCGCCAUCGAGUUCCUUCGCCAGCACCACUUUGACGGCAUCGACUACGACUGGGAGUACCCGGCGCAACGCGGCAGCCCAGCCACCGACAAGCAUCUAUUUACCCUUCUCAUCCAGGAGACUAUGGCCGCGUUCGUGCACAACGCCCAGAUCACGCGCAAACCACGACUCUUGAUUUCCGCGGCCGUGGCCGCCGGCAAAUCAACGGUGGCCGCCGCCUACGAGAUCAACAUGAUCCAUCCGUACAUGGACUUCAUCAACCUCAUGUCGUACGACCUGCAGAAGGAGGACCGCAAGACGAGUCACCACAGCCCCCUGUUCGCCUCCACGUCCAUCAACCAGACGGACACAGUGGAAUCGUCGGUGCAGACUUGGCUGCGAGGCGGAGUCCCUCCGCAGAAGCUGGUGGUGGGGUUGCCCACGUACGGACGCUCCUUCACCCUCAGCGGUGCGUCCACCAUUGUCGGAGCGCCCGUCAGCGGAGCCGGCCUGCCGGGACCCUAUACGAAGCAGCCGGGCAUGCUGGCCUACUACGAGGUGUGCCCUCUGCUCCGCCGUGGCUUCAAUCGCGUGUGGCUCAGCGACCAGAAGGUCCCCUACGCCUACGGCUACACCAACCGCAGAGGCCAGUGGGUCGGCUAUGACGACAUCCCCAGCUUCAGGCAGAAGGUGUGCUGGCUCAAGUCGAAGGGUCUGGGAGGUGCCAUGAUGUGGUCUCUGGACAUGGACGACUUCACGGGCAAAGAGUGCAAAGGCGACGCCUACCCACUCCUCAAGCUCGUCAAGAUAAUCCUCACAACUCCCACCGGCACCAUUGGCCAGUGCACCCUACCGAAGCUGCGAGAAACCUCCUUCUCGAGGGAGAGCGGUGCCGCCUCCACAGCCGGCGGCGGCGACAGCAGCAAGCAGGAAAGCCCCGGAUCCAGCGAGGAUUCGGUACCCACCGACGCGGACGCGGACGCGGACGCGGCCGCCGCCGCCGCGGUGGCCGUGGCCUUGACCUGCCAGGGCAGGGCCGACGGCCUCUACCCGCACGCGAGCGAACCCCGCCGCUUCUACCACUGCGCCGAUGGGGCGACGCGCGAGCAGGCGUGCCCUGACGGCCUGGUGUACAGCGCCGACAUUCACGUGUGCACGUGGCCCUGAGGCCGAGUCGUCGUCGGCGGCGUCGGCCUCGCGGUCGUCCACACCCCCCACAUUACACCCAACCCAGUUAGAAAGUGGAGUUGCGACGGAUUUCACCGAUCUUGCCGGACGGUGGAAGCCGGCAAGCACACGGAAGCGGAGGGUGCGUGGUGUCGCGCGACUCACUCGAACCCGAGUGAGUCGCGAUGCCGAGUCGUCGCUCGCCAUUCAAUCAAUUGCGAGUGUAGAAUCAGAACAUUGUAUUUAGACUGCAGGAGGAGUAAAGCUCUUUUGUCACGCAUUGCCAGUACAACACACAAACACGGUGGUCGUGCAAAGUACAAGAAGGUUAAACAAAUCACCCAAACACAUACAAAUACAACUAAGCCAUCCCCCCAUCCUACCAGGCAACGGCCAAUGAUGUAUGAACUUAUUUUUUCAGAUGUGGGCUUACCAUUUGGGCAUUUAUUGUCGGCAAAAAUAAUCUAAAAAAAUCUCAAUGCGUGUUUCUAAAUGUGGAGGGAAAAACACGAGGACCCGGAGGAAAAGAGAUCCACGUGACCAUGGGGAGAGAGAGAGAGAGAGACACGCAAAUUCCCAAAUAUACAGCUGGAGUCAGGGGUCCCGGGACCGAACCCUCGACCUCCUGCAUACCAGACGAGGUAGUUAACAUUUUCUAGCCAUCGUGGUGCCCCUUUAAAUAAAUAAAUCGACACAUUCACAAUGGCUGCCCGAUCAACUUUGGGCUGAAUCGAUACAAGUGAAACCUCGAUUCACGGAUCCAACAAUGACCACGUAAACAUGGGCAAAGACACGCUCCACCACACCCCCCUUCGGUGCCAACGCCACACCUAACUCUCUUUCGUAGAUCUCCGAUCGGUGAUACCGUCGGGGUGCCAAAUCACCUCCCACGACGCUCUCCGUUAAACACCGUGAUCAGUGGGCUGGUGUCGUUGGGCGGUGAUCGACGACAAUGAUGACGACGACGAUCAUGAUGAUGAUCGAUGAUUUUACCUUAAUCGUACUCUUCACAGUGAUUGGUGUUGUCGUGUAAUCGCGGUUUCCCAGGCCCACGGCCUUGGGGAGUCCUUCGGAAUCAGCACUCUGCAAUAAAGUGGCUCGGAUUGGU